AUGUCCAAAUUCACCCUCAAAUGGGGCAUCCUAGCCACCGGCGGCAUCGCUGAGACCUUCGCCCGCGACCUGUACCCGAACCCAGAAUGCCGUGGUGUCAAGGAUAUCGAACACAAAGUCGUAGCCGCCGCUUCUUCUUCCUCAGUCAAGCGAGCUCAGGACUUCCUGAAAGAGGUUCGAGCCGUAGACGAUGCCAAGGCUUAUGGAUCGUACGAGGAGCUGGUGAAGGACCCGAAUGUGGACAUCAUCUACGUUGCUACGCCUCACUCGCACCACUACCAAAACGCCAGGCUAUGUCUGGAAGCCGGGAAGAACGUGAUUUGUGAGAAAGCCUUUACAUCGAACGCGCCUCAGCUUGAGAAGUUGAUUGAGAUUGCGAGGGAGAAGAAGCUGUUCUUGAUGGAGGCUGUGUGGACUCGAUACUUCCCACUCUCCAUCUACGUCCGCGACAUCAUCACAUCCGGCAAGAUCGGCCCCGUAUCUCGCUGCUCCGCCGAUCUAAGCAUGCACAUGAUCCCCGAAAAGACCUUCGACGACUCCCACCGCAUGGUCAACCCCGACCUAGCCGGCGGCGCCCUCCUCGACCUAGGAAUCUACUCCCUAACCUGGGUCUUCCAAACCCUCUACACCACGCAAAAAGACCCUAAGGCCCCCUCCGUCCUCAGCACGAUGCGGAAAUACAAGCUCGGCACCGACGAGCAAACCUCCAUGCUCCUCACCUUCCCCGCCACCUCAGAUCGUGGUGAAGCCCAUGGUAUCGCAACGACGGGAAUGCGCACCUCGGCCGACCCGGACAGCAAAGCCACCGCCGGCCCCAGUAUCCGCGUCCAAGGCGAAGAAGGUGAAAUCCAAGUCUUCCACCCCGCCUUCCGACCCACCAAGACCAAGCUUAUCCUCAAAGACGGCACAGUCGAAGAAAAAGACUGGCCGCAACCGGGUCCGGGUAAAGGCAGCGGCUGGAAGAAUGGGUUUGGCGGCGGAUGGCAGGAAGAGGGGGUGGGACAGGGGAUGUUCUGGGAAGCGGACGAGUGUGCGUUUGCGCUCAAGGAGGGGAGGAAGGAGGGCAAGUAUGAGAGUUUGCAGGAGAGUUUGGAGAUUAUGCGGGUGAUGGACACGGUGAGGCAGCAGAAUGGGAUGAAGUUGCCGGAGAAGAUUGAGACGCUGGAUUAUCCUGUCAAGUUGUAG